AUGAAUGACAUGUUUAAUAUACGCUCGUUUGUCGAAAAUCAAGUGGAAAGAUUAUCGUCACCGAAGAAUCUUCUCGUUGAUAAAUUUCGUCAAACAGUUGACAAUAUUAAAUUACCAUUCUCGGCGACUGCCACUAACGAUUUGACGACUAAUGAAGAUGCAUUUAAUGUACGUCCAUCAGAAUCUUCAUCAAGCUCAUCUGUUUCAUCUAGCGAGCACACGAACAAUUCACGAUUAAAUUCUCUCAAAUCUACACCCACACCACGCUCCAAUCAAUCAACGUCACCCAAUUCACAGAAAAUCUCGCGUCUGUUACCCAUGACAUCGCCAAUAUCGUCGCCGAAACUUCUGUCAAACUUUAAAACAAUCACCGAUCGUUUGUCGCACCCUCAAAGUAUUCUUCGUCGUCAUGUCUCCGAAUCCAAUCAAACAGAUGUACCAAUAACUUCCAACAAUGACGAUAAAUCUUUCUCUCAGCCAAUCUAUCACGAUAAUCCAACAAUGGAGAUCAAUUUUCGAUCAAAUGAUAACAAUGAUAGCAACACGAUAACUGAUGUAACGACGAAACUUCUCGGUCGAUCACGCUCUCUUAUCCGACAAUCUACUGAUACGACAUGUACAUAUCCAAUACGACGACCAAUGCGCCGAAUGGAAUCGGUUGAAACAGUCGAAAUUCCCGGCUUGAACGGUCUUAAAGCGCUUCGUUACUUAAAUGGUAACUUAGGCAAACUUCAACCAGAUCUUUACAUAAAACAAACGUCACAAACAGAUCCAACAUAUGGCUGUGGAAAACUAACAUUUACAGUCAAUUAUAACCAACAAACAUCAGCACUAAUUGUCAAUGUUGUAUCAAUUGAUAAUCUUCCAUAUCGAGAUGUCAACUCGAAGAUUCUGCCAGAUCCAUUCAUCAAAGUUGUUUUGUUACCUGACCGGCGCCGAAAGUUUCAGACGAAAGUUUCCAAACGAACUCUCUCGCCCCAGUUUAACGAAAUUUUUCAAUUUCAAAUCGGCUAUGAAGAAUUACGUCGGCGAAUCUUACUUUUAUCUGUGUACGAUUUCGGUCGGCCAAGCAAACGAAGUCUCAUUGGCACAGUCAAGAUCGAUGAUGUCUCAUCUAUGCCUGAUAUAACCUCACAAGAUAUAACAUUUAAUCGAAGCAUUGUUCCUGGAACUGAAAGCGACCCUGAUCUCGGCGAAUUAACUGUUUCGUUAUGUUAUUUACCAAACGCAAAGCGGGUCACAGUAACAAUUGUCAAAGCGAGCUCAUUGAAACCCAUGGAUAUCACGGGUAAAUCAGAUCCAUAUGUGAAAGUUAUUCUACUCAUCCAUGGCAAAAAAAUUCGCAAGAAGAAAACGUCGGUUUUGUCAAACACUCUCAAUCCUACAUAUAAUGAAAGUUUAGAAUUCGAUGUCGCUGUUGAUUCACUGUCGGAUACCGAUCUGAUUUUUAAAGUCAUCGAUUACGAUCGUGUCGGUUCAAAUGAGCUAAUCGGCUGCGUUGGCAUCGGCGCGCAUUUCGAAGGGAUCAAUCGUGAUCAUUGGUUUCAAAUGCUAGAACAUCAGCGUGUUCCCAUAACGGAAAGUUAUAAUUUACGUGAAACGAUACCAAUGAUUCCAUGCACAAAUCCACUGACAUCAAUGACAAGUAGCAAAAUCGUGACUUUGAACAUCAACAGUUAA